AUGUUCGACGACUCCGUUAGCCCAACCCAUCUCAAUGGGCUCACUUUCACUAAAACAACUACAGGUUGUCAGCUGCAAGCUGGUGAGAUGUGUGGCAUUAUGCAAGGCGGUAUGUGUCGGUUCUCCGAACUAACACCGGGACAGUUCGGGCUCACAAAGCAGCUGGUGUUGCGCCUGGCGCUUCCACACGUAACACUUCUUUUCGUUUCAUUAUUAUAUGCUGCUUUUGGUGGAUGGAUUCUGACCAUCAUCCAAUAUAGCGAUCAAGCUACACACGAUGCUGAAUUGUUUGAGAAGUUUGAAAGCACUAGAGUUAAUUUCACUCGUUUCAUCGUUUCGAUUAACACAUCAAGAAGUUCUGUUCUAGAAGAAAGGCUUAACAUAUUCGUUGAUGAUCUGCACACGUUAUAUUCGAGAAAUCCUUUUCCAUGGAGUCGCAAUUUUACGGGUUUUAUUCACAAUCAUCACAAUCCUCUACUGAAUGUCACAUGGAACCUGUUUUUUGCUGCUACAACACUCACAUCAAUAGGAUAUGGCACUGACGCUCCUGAUUCAUACACUGGACGAGUGUUCUGCCUUGUUUAUUUGUUUUUUGGUAUUCCUUUGUACUUGAUCACACUCGCUGACCUCGCGAAGUUUUGCACCGAAUUCAUGAACAAAUUGUACAUAGAUAUUAUCAAGUACAAGUAUCGCGUUAGGCGAAAGUAUAGGCGUUGGAAAUCUGGACGAUUACGCCGUGACUCUAUUAAAGUGGGACAAUUGAUAAUCGCAGGAGGAGAAGAUGAGGUUGCUGAAUUUCUGUGGACUCAUUUAGAACACGCUCAAUUUGUUGAGGUCCCUUUCGUUCUUAUCAUAGGAUGUUUGGAGCACGUCGUAUGUCAAAUGAAACCCGAAAGUCCGCACUGCAAGGAAUCCAUCAAGGAAUCAGACAAGUUGAAUAAGCAAAACUGUUUAAGGGAUUCUCUUGCUUUACAUUGCUAUUGCUUCCUACAUUAUUGCUGCUAUCGAGGGAUGGCCAUUGUCAGAUGGUUUUUACUUCGUGAUGAUCAGUGUGUUGACGAUUGGUUUUGGAGAUCUUGUGCCUCGCAACGAAACAUUCAUACUAUUCGUUUUGUUGUUGAUCGGUUGCAUUUCUUUGGGAGACGACUGGAUGACGAUCCAUUGUCUUGGUUGAAAGAAGUCCAGCAAAGACGAAUCGAAGCAAUGAAAAGGGAAGCCAUGAGAAAAUUGUUCGAAACAGUCACUGCAUUGCACCACAUUCGAUUUACAGCUCUCAAACAUCUCACACAGUCACCAUCAGACUUAUUGCCAGACCCUCCAGAAGCUCCACGAAAUCUUUUGGCAUCUCAUGCCACCGCAGAUUCAGUGCUGCUCAGAUGGAGUGAGCCAAUCUAUGUGGAUGAGGGCAAACGCUAUUGGUACACACUAACAUAUAAACCAAGAACACCGCAAAGACGAAAUCAAGUGGUCUGUGUGGACUUCAUUAACGAGAAGAAAUAUCUUGUGAAGGGGUUGAAGUCUUUCACACUCUACGAAUUCAGUUUGACAACGACAACUCGCUUUGGGAGAAGUAAACCAGCAAAAGCACAAGAAUAUACAGAACCGUGUACGGUCCCGCAGGAUCUACGUUUGGAAGCAAUCAGCUGUGAAACAGCUACAGUCUCUUGGCGAGCGCCUAAAGUAAAUAAUGGGCCUGAGAGCUAUGUAAUUCAAUAUACACAAGAGCCCGCUCCUCAGUUUAUCUAUUGGAGCAGGUACAAGGUUGGCCAAUCGUUGAAGUUUACGCUCACCGACUUGUUGCCGGACACUCGAUAUAUUUUGUGUGUAUCUGCCGAGCACAACUAUGGGCUUGCAGCUAUGUCCAAGUCUAUCCGAUUUCGCACGAGGUGUUGGUGGGCUGACGACGACAGUACGUGUUUGCAGCUACCGUUCACCAAUCACCGAUUAUCGAUCGCUAGCGUUCUUUCAUCAUUGAGCGCAUUACGGUAG